GCCGGUGCUACAGAUGGAGUCAUCCAUCUCGUUUUCAUUUCUCUGUACUUGAUUGAGUUGACUCACUAUUCAUUUGCUGCCUAGAUAUAUAAAGGCAUAGACCUCAGGAAAACAUAGAUUCAUCAUUAUCGCUUCUAACGCAAACGCAACGCAUCGGUUUUGGAAGAGUCAUGCCGUCAUUGUCGUCUUUGAGUCUCGGUUCGAGUUUGGAGGUGAAGACGAAGGAUGGCGUGAAAUUUGGAAAAGAACUGAGGGAGAAGGAGUUUCUGUUCGAUAAGGGGUAUUUGAACCUGAAUCAUGGAUCUUUCGGAACUUACCCCCGCACCGUCCGCGACACGAUGCGUUCCUUUCAAGACGCAGCAGAAGCCCGCCCAGACAAAUUCAUCCGUUACCAGUAUCCCGAACUCGUCGAUGAAUCCAGAGAAGCAGUGGCAAAACUUCUCAACACCCCCUCUUCAACCGUGGUCUUCGUCCCAAACGCAACAACGGGCAUAAACACCGUAUUGCGAAACUUGACAUUCGAAUCCGGUGAUCACAUCCUCUACUUCGCCACCAUCUAUGGCGCGUGCGAGAAGACGGUCGCCUACAUCACCGAGACCACACCUGCUUCAUCGGUCAAAAUCGAAUACUCGUAUCCCGUCGAGGAUGACUGGCUCGUCUCCGAGUUCAAAAGUAAAGUGAAGGAGGUGGAGGCCAAGGGUGGCAAAGUCAAAGUUGCCAUCUUCGACACUAUAGUUAGUAUGCCAGGUGUUCGUGUCCCCUUUGAACGUCUCAUCACCGCUUGCAAAGAGCUGGGUGUUUUGAGCUGUGUGGAUGGGGCGCAUGGUGUGGGCCACAUUGAAUUGGAUCUGACGAAGUUGGAUCCGGAUUUCUUCGUGAGCAAUUGUCACAAGUGGCUACACGUCCCCCGCGGCUGUGCUGUGUUCCACGUCCCUGUUCGAAACCAGCACCUAAUGCGCUCCACACUCCCUACAUCACAUGGUUUUGAGCCCCGUGGUUCUCAGGUCGCUUCGCCGUUUCCGAAGUCUGCGUUCGUGGACGCGGGCAAGUCAAAGUACGUUGGCAACUUCGAGUUUGUCGGCACCAUCGACAAUACACCAUACCUGUGUGUCCCAGCUGCUCUGGAGUGGCGUGAGAGUAUCGGUGGUGAAGAGGUGAUCAGGAACUACUGCUCAACGUUAGCGCAGGAGGCCGGAAAACACUUUGCCAGCGUCUUGGGUACGGAUGUUCUGGACAACAGCACCAAGACUCUGAGUCUAUGCUGUAUGUCGACCGUGCGGCUGCCCAUCUCGGUAGCUAAGGCACAAGACGUGGCGGCCCAAAAUGGCCUCGAAAAGGAUGAGGUUGGAGGGUUAGUCAGGGACUGGCUGAGUCGCACGCUGCUGGAUGACUAUGGAACAUUCAUCCAGACAGUGUUUCAUGGGGGGAGCUGGUGGGGACGGCUGAGCGGGCAGGUGUAUCUCGACAUGAGCGACUUUGAGUUGGGAGCAGAGACGCUGAAGACGAUUUGCGAGAGGGCUGAAGCUGGUGAGUGGGCUGCUGCUAAACCUAGUAAGUUGUGAGUGCAUCAGGGGUCGGCUGGACAUCUUCAUAGCACUUGGCAGGUGUCGAACAAAAAGCAGAAAGGGUUCUUUAGCGAUCCAUCAUGGUGUUAGACGUCAAUUCUUAUCCGUUAGUGUCUAAAUCAGGUAUAUCUCACAUCAACACAUUCAAAGAUCGCUCCCAUA